CAUUCGGGUGAAGGAUCUGAGGAGCAAAAGUUGGAGAUUUUUGGAAAGCUUUCCUCAGGCUUGUUGACUAUUGCAAAAAGACACGAAGGUUACAAAACUCUAUGGAGUAUAUGCUGCGAUCUCAACAAUACUGAACUUCUUAAAAAUCUUAUGCAUGACAGCAUGGGACCUAAACGAGGCUUUAGUUACUUCGUGUUUCAACAACUAUACGACAACAAACAGUUUUCUAAGCUAAUGAGACUUGGGGAGGAGUUUCAGGAAGAACUAGCAAUAUUUUUAAAACAGCAUCAGGAUCUCCUUUGGCUUCACGAGAUAUUCCUUCGUCAAUUUUCUGAAGCUUCUGAAACUCUACAUGUUUUGUCUCUUUCAUCGGAUGAUAGCUCUGCUAUGGAUGAUGGAACCUAUUCAUUUGACACCAUCAUAGAAACAAGUUUGGUUGAAAGAAAGCGGUUUUUGAAUCUCUCGAAGAUAGCUGCAUUGGCAGGAAGAAGUGCUAAUUUUGAAACAAAGGUAAAGCGCAUAGAGGCUGAUUUGAAGAUUCUGAACUUGCAGGAAGAAAUAAUGAAACUCCUCUCAGAUGAUGAAAGCCAAAAUAUUCGCCAGCGGCUUCUUCCCCCGAUGGACCUUAUUGAAUUGUGCCUUAAAAUUCAAAAUAGGGAGCUUUCUUUGAGAGUUUUUGAUGUUUUUGCUUGGACCAGCUCCUCUUUUAUCAAGUCUAAUGCAAGCCUCUUGGAGGACUGCUGGAGAAAUGCCUCCAAUCAGGACGACUGGGAGAGACUGUAUCAAGCAUCUGUAGAUGAGGGGUGGAGUGAUGAGGAGACUUUGAGCAUUCUAAAAGACACCAUUCUUUUCCAGGCUUCGAAUAGGUGCUAUGGCCCCAAAGCGGAAACUUUUGAGGGCAAUUUCCAUGAAGUGCUGCCGCUGAGACUAGAAAAUUCUGAGCAUGCGAAUUUAAAGAACAUGGGAUCCUCUGUGGAGAAUAUCCUGAUGCAGCACAAGGAUUAUCCUGAUGCUGGAAAGUUGAUGCUCACAGCAGUUAUGCUUGGAAGUGUUCACUCUGAUACUAUUAGUAUUAUGGACGAGGAGGGACCUACCCCAAUGGAGUGAUUGUUCUAGUAAUCUGAAUGAUUGUGGGAAAUAUAUGAUCUAACCUGCAUAACUGUAGUGUUCUUUUGCUGGUUGAGCAGCUUGAGCUGCAGCUUUAACACCAAUCGGUGAAAUUGUAUAUGGCGGUCAUGUUUCCUAAUCGCUGCCAACUGCUAAAUCUGUGUAGGGUGAGUGCUUAGCAGUAGAAUGCUUUAUGAGUAGCGUCUGGACAUUUGGGUGCUUUUAAGAGUUCUUAGCAGGAGCGAUUUUGCCUUGUAAAUUAGUCAAAACGUGCUUGAGAAUGACAACUUUUUAGUCGGGCAUAUGAGUGUUGAGAGUUUUUAUUGAGAGUCUCCGAAGAAGAAAACAAAGCAGUGCAUCUUCUAUAGAUUGAAUCUUGUUUGUACGUUUGUUUCAUUGUUGCAGAAAAAGAGUGCAUUUCUUGUUUGUCCA